GAUGACCUCAGAGAGCCGGGCAUUGUGGGAGAUUGUGACUUAGCCCAUUGCAUUGACAUUUAAAUUUUUUUUAAAAAUAAUAAAUUUUUCGUGUGAACUCUGUCUUUCGUUAGAUUUUUUUAACUCCGCAUAGCGUAAAUAAAUAUCUCACUGUUAUUAACUCAGAAAUGAUUUUUUUUCCGUUUUUUUUUUUCAAAGGAAGGCCGUUGUGUUCCACGGCACGGUUUGUCAAGGUCACGUUUCUCAGAGUGCAGUUCAGUCAUGACAACGUUCAGAAUUCACAACUGUGAUUAACGAUGAUCAAUAGGCCAGGAGAGUGAAUGGUGUCGGAGUAGCAGUGUGAUUUAUCGGCGCAUUUUCUCUUCGCCUCCCUCCUUUCACGCGCACAAUUUGUGUGUCUGCACGUGACGGUGUAAAAAAAGGCAUAGCCCUCAAAAAUGCUUUCCCUUCUUCAGAGGGGGCAUCGGACUCGCCUUUUCACUCUAUUCAGUACGGAACCCGAGACACUUUCAGAAAGACAAAGUUGUUUUAACUCCAAUGUCAAAUUUCCCAUGGAAGAAAAAAAUGGCUCUCUACAUCCGACCACCGAAUAAUUCCCUGCGUUUGUUCGGCUACAAGGUCGUCACUGUGAGAGAGGACCGGUUUCUCCGAUCACCUGCCUGCGUUACUAAAGGUGCGAGUUGGGCAAGCUCAGCCACAGGCAGGCCAGGUGGGGGAUCUCCAUGGCAACCCGCCCUACUCCAUGAGUUUCGCUGAGAACACGAUGAACGAGCUGCUGGGCUGGUACGGGUACGACAAGGUGGACCUGAGGGACUCGGACGACAUCGAGAUCCGAAAUUACCCCGACGGCGAAGCCAGGCAGCACAUCUCCGUCCUGAAAGAAAACUCUUUGCCAAAACCCAAGAGCCUGGGGGACAACGCCGGCUCCCCGACUUUUGCCAACAGCUCCCACGCCGCGCCCAACCCCAGGAACGGGGUGGCCGAGCCGUCCGCCGCACCUUCCUCCUCCUCUUCCUCGUCCUCCUCCUCGUCCUCCUCCUCUUCCUCGUCCAGUGCCAAGGAGCACGGGAACAUCCCCAUCAUCGUGCCGCUGAUCCCGCCCCCCCUCAUCAAACCUCCCGCAGAGGAGGACAUGUCUAACGUGCAGAUCAUGUGUGCGUGGUGCCAGAAGGUCGGGGUGAAGCGCUACUCCCUCAGCAUGGGCAGCGAGCUCAAGAGCUUCUGCAGCGAGAAGUGCUUCGCCGCCUGCCGCCGGGCCUACUUCAAACGCAACAAGCUUGGAUAUAUACGGAGUUACCCCGCGAGAGACGAAGACGGCCAGGCUGAGAAAUUGCCCCCGCAGAGCUAUGGUCAGGACACGCCCAGGCUUGUCUUCAAGAUUAACAGCGAUGUUCUUGUGUGUGACUGGUGUAAGCACAUCAGACACACUAAGGAGUACCUGGACUUUGGCGCGGGGGAGCGCAGGCUCCAGUUCUGCAGCGCCAAGUGCCUGAACCAGUACAAGAUGGACAUCUUCUACAAGGAGACGCAGGCGGCGCUCCCGGGGGGGCUGGGCAUGGAGGGGAAGCCGGAGGGCGGAGGGGGGGUGCAGCUCCUCACCCCCGACUCCUGGAACACGCCGCUGGGCGACCUGCGGCGCAAGGCCCCGUCUCCGGGGGGCGCCGGGGCGCCCGUGCCGGGCCCGUCCGGCUCCAGCUCCGCCUCCCCGUCCGAGUCCAGCUCCGCCCUCUGCCCGUCCUCCUCUUCCGGAAAGAUCCCCACCCCGGGCCCCCGCCCCCACGAGAGCCCCGCGCUGGCCCCGCCCGUCCCCUCCCUGCACCCGCCCAUGGGGGUCCCGCCGGGGAGCCCCCCCAUGGUGAUGACCCCCCGCGGGCCCGUGCCCCUGCCCUUCUUCAUGGAGCACCAGAUGAUGCAGCAGAUCCGGCCCCCUUUCCUCCGGGCCCCGCCCCACACGCCCGGCCCCAACAGCCCCCUCCCCAAUCCCAUGAUCCCCGGCAUCGGGCCGCCCCCCCGGAACCUGGGCCCCCCCUCCAGCCCGCUGCACCGGCCCAUGCUGUCCCCGCACCUGCACCCGUCCUCCGGCCCCACCAUGCCGGGGAACCCGGGCAUGAUGCCCCCCCACCCGGGCUCGCACAUUCCGGGGUUCCCCUUCCCUCCGGUCAACAUGAUGCCCAACGGCCACCUCCCCAUGCCGCCCCUCAUGAACUUCGGGGUGCCGUCCCUCGCCCCGCUGGUGCCCCCCCCGACCCUGCUGGUGCCCUACCCGGUCAUCGUGCCCCUCCCCGUCCCCAUACCCAUCCCCGUGCCCAUCCCCUUCAGCCCUAAGGCCCCCGGCGAUCGCCACGACAACGGCGACACCAUCCCCAGCGCGUCGGGGGACGGGGGCGAGUCCAAGGACCCGGGGCUGUUCUCUCCCGGCGCAUCGUCGGGGGGAGGUGGAGGAGGGGGGGGAGGAGGAAGAGGAGGAGGAGGAGGAGCGGGAGGAGGCGCAGGAGGGGGAGGGGGCGGUGGCGAGGGAGGGGACUCCGAACAGGGGCCCCCCAAAUCCAACGAGCUGUCCCCCGGCGUUUCGGGACACUCGCUCUCCGGGGCCACACCACCAGAGCACGGCAGGACUGACAUGGUGGCCAUGACGGUGAAGGCGGAGACUCCUGACAAAGUCCGCCUCUCCCUGCCCUUGCCCCUCCCCCUCCCCGCCCCGGCCCCGUCACAGGACGGGGUGAUAGACCUUACGAUUGGCCGGCGGGCGCGGCUCCAGCAGGUGAUCCAGAGGGCGGCGCCCGUGGUGCAGGUGAAGGCGGAGCCUGAGCCACAGAACUUGCUGAACCUGGGUUACCAGGGCGAGCAGGGAAGGGGCGGGGCCAUAGUUCUAGGGGGCGUGGCCUCAGCCGUGGGAGAGGAGCACAGAGACUCGGGGGACCCUGCCGCCCUGUCGUCGUUACCCCUGCCAUGCGGGGACCCCGCCUACUGCGCCGCCCCUGCUGCCACGCCCCCUCCUCCGGCGCCCCAGCCCCCGCCGGCCCCGCCCCCUCCUCCCCACCCCGCCCCGGACCUCGCCCACUCCGCCCCUUGCAACGUCAUCGUCAACGGCACCCGCUCGCCGGACCCCGCCCGGAGACCCGCCCCGGCCGCCGCGGGCGCGGUCGCCGCCAUCGUCGCCGCGGCAACCACCGAGGAGCCGCCAGACAGCGAGCUGGAGUCGGUGAAGGAGAACAGCUGCUCGGGCAUGGAGCUGGACGCAGGUAAGAAGGCCCUGUUGUCGUUGGCGGAGGAGGCGGCCGCCGCCGCCGCCGCCGCCGCCAUGUUGGGGGGCGCCGGCGCCGGCGGGGACAAGCAGGACCCGAGCGACGAGGACCACGCCUACGCCCUGCCGCUGCUGCCCAAGGCCGGCUGCGUCAUACAGGCCCUGCCCAAGCCCGCCGACAAGACCGCCGCCGCGGCCCCGCCCCGCCCGGCCCGGCGGCGCCGCCGACCAGCAGCCGCCGCUAAAGAGGAGGUGCCUGCGCACUCGCAAUCAGAACAAGUGAGAGGCCAAAAACAGGAGGAGAGGAGGAGAACAGCUCUGCUGACGGACAGCGUGUCGCUAAUGGGCUGAAGAGAGAUGGGCCAAGCCUCGGUGCCACGCCCUGCCCCACUACGGACAGCACCAGCUCCCCCCCCCGCCCCAUGCAAGCUCCGCCCCCAGCCCCCACCACGCCCAUGCAAGCUCCGCCCCUCUCCAAGCCAACCAGCACUCGCUGUGCUCCACCUUGCCACACACCAUCGGAUGGGCACCAUGGUACCCAAAAUCCAGAGCACAGACCAAGGCCAAUCACGUGGGUCCUGCCAACUCCCAAACUCUGACCUUUGACCCUCAGCCAAUCAUUUUUUGUUUAUUGGUUCAGCACAGUAAUGCUGGAUGGACCCCCCCCCCUCUCAAAACUCCCCUCCCACAGUCUGGAACUCCAGGAAAUAAUUUAGCACAGGGGGGUGUGUUUAUUUGCCAUGGUGUGUCUACUUUUCACUCUUCCUCAUGUUUUGGGGAGAUGUUUUUCCCCCCUCUGUCCCUCCCUUAUAGGGUCCUACAUUGUUUUGUUUUUUUCCCCCAGUACUGUAUGUCCAGUGUGGCUUUGAGCACCCUGAUCCAGUCCUGGGGGGGGGGGGGUGGUGGUGGGGGGGGGUCCAGAUUCGUGAGUGUUUCUCCGUUGACUGAGUGCCAAGAAAACUUGGUAAAUGUUCGCUCUUCUCAGAUUUCCAGGGUACACACAGAACCCCUGCUCCCUGCCCGCCCCCCCCUCCUCCCCCCCCCACAACCUCCCCACUUCUUCCACCAAUCUCCACCGGGAACAGAGCGCUUGUUUUCGAACCGGAGACCAAAAUCCCUCCUGGAAGACGUAAAACAAUCCGAGGAGAAGGUUCUCCGGGCGCCGUGAGAAGAAUUUCAAAUAACGAGGGAGAAGAAGUGAUGAAAUUCACACCUGGAUGGCCCUCAGUGCUGGGGGAGACACCAGGGACACUGGCCCCCGCCCCCCCCCCCCCCCUCCGGGAUCGGGGGGUGAGGGGGGGGCAGGGUAGAGAGACCUGGGAAACUAGGGCGGGGCCAGGAGGAGGAAAAGACUCUGCCCCACCCCCCCCCCCCUUCACAACGGUGUCCUCUCACUGUUUGGCUUAUGUGUUUUGUUUUUUUUUUUUCAUGGCAUAAAAAAAAAAGAGAGAAUGUGCAAUCAAACCAAUCCUUAUUCACUGGCUCCAGGACAACAGGGUAGAAAACUGAACUCAUAUGCACUCGUGUGGAUCUCACCAGCAAGUCCGUAAGAAGCAGCAGUGCAUUGUGGGCGAGCUCCACCCCACCCCAAAGGCCCCCCCCCCCCCAAAAAAAACUUACAUCCCAGUUCAAUCCAUUUGUUUGUACACUGUAGAUUGAUCGUCCAUGCCCCCCCCCCCCGCCCCCCCCACACCUGUGCCAGGGCCUAGUCAUCGCUCAUAUUGUCUUCUCCUCGACCGUGUCGACGGUGUUCCAACAAAGAUCCAGUAAGACACGAGCCUCGCCUGCAGCAGGCCCCGCCUCCCUGCAGCAGGCCCCGCCUCCCCGCUGGACAGUGUUCAGGAAGCAGCCUCGCUUCCCCAAGGCCGCAUCCAAUCGAAGCUCCGACCUCACAAACCACCAUUGUGACCUCACUGGAACUCAGAGCCAGUCUGGGCCUAGGCCCUGCCCACAGGCUAUAUAUAUAUAGGUUGAGUUUAAGGUCAGGUUAAACAGUUCAGGUCGGGAACUUUUCGUUUCAGCCUUGGAGGGGGGGUGGCACCCGUGAUCAGGUGGGAGGGGGGAGUGAGGGGAAGCUUCCUUGUACGUGCCUGGAUCCGGAAGGUUCUGCACUUUUCGCUCUGCGCUUUCGCUAAAACUUCUGCUAGUCUGUCCACAAGGCUAAACCAAGCAGAGCCCAAAUCAAUCAAUUAGCCCUCCAGUUAAUUUCGAGACAUUUGUUACCACGUUUCUUUUUUCUGUUAUUUAUCGUAAUCUCCCGUACACUGCGUGAAAACUGUUCCUAAUUAGAAACGUCGAAAGUCGUUCAGACGAUCCCCUCUCCUCUUUUCCCCCGGUCACUGGCAGACAGUACCGCAUCAAUCGAGCCUCUUCCCGGGCCUGACGGCGCGCGUCUUUCGCCAGAGAAGAGCGGGAGGCGCUGAAAUUCACCUCAGCGUCACCGGGGGGCGAUUUAUGAGGCCGACGCCUGUUUCCGAAAAGGCCAUUCCUCCGUCCCCCUUCCCCCGAAUCCUCUCCUUUUGUCGCCCGCGUCGAGAGCGGCGACGCCGAAACGUUCGCUCCUCAGAUUUACGGCGAGCGUUCGCGCACCGCCCCGGCGCGCCCGGCGAGGAACCCGUCGGCGCUGUAAUUUAUUCCUCGCCGCGCGAGCGUAACGUAAUUGUCGUUCAAUUAGCGGGUCGGGAGGCGAAACCUGAGCGCGGGGCGCUGGCGUCCGUCUGAAGCGCCGCCAAAGCUAAUCGCG